AUGGCGACGGGCUCCGCCCAGGAUCAGGCCGAUACUGCUCUUCUUCAUGGCAAUGUUGCCGUUUCGGGCGGCGAGGGAGGCGGUGGCGGUACGAGGAUUGCGGUUGAGGCGGGAGGUGGAGGAAGAGAGACGAAAGCAGACGAGUUCGUGAGGAACCCUAGCGAUGGUGGUGGUGGUCGCACUGCUGCUUCCGCCGCUGGCCCUCCCGUCGACGAUUGCUGGCCGAUCUGCUUCGGCGACUUCUCCGUCGCCUGUAAAGCGAACUGCGGCCAUUGGUAUUGCGGAGGGUGCAUUCUCCAGUUCUGGAACUACUCAGCAGCAGCAAGACCAUGCAAAUGCCCAAUGUGCUCGUCCAACAUCACUAAGUUGACACCAGAGGCAUCGUUACUCAAUCAACCAGAGCAGGGAGUUAAAGAGGUUUUGCAGGAUGUUGAGAGGUACAAUCUCCUGUAUGUUGGAGGAGCACAUGGCCUCAUUCAGAAAGUGCGGGAAUCACCGUUAUUCUUCAAGCGAAUUGUUAUGCGGAUGAUGGAUCCUGAUAGACCAGAGUACUUCCUUCAGGAAGCUCGCCUCUUAGCUGAUGAAGAGGUAUUAUGCCACUGCGGGCUGAGAGCUUCUCGAAGAAUUUCACAUACUGUUGGCAACCCGAAUCGAAAAUUUUUCGGUUGUCCAUUGUUCGGCUCUAAGAAGAAGGAGCCUUGUGAUUAUUUUGAAUGGCACGACAUUAGAGCUGCAUUAUACAAGGAGAGGAAAAGACUUGGUGAAAUGGUUUUGAAUUUGCAGCUGGAGAAUGCAGAUCUUCGUGCUGCAUUAGACAGAGUGUCCAAGCAUAGUGUUGAUGUUGGAAUUGAAAGCAAGAAUGUGAUAUCAUCCUACGAAGAGAUAGUUGUUGCCAUUAAGUCAAUUAAGCUCAGGUUGGACCAGUUGGAGGCUGGGAGUUCAAAGCUCAAAUGA